GGCUGCUGUGAGUUUUUUUCAUUGAAGGCACUGGGACAUUUAUUCCGCUUCUUGCUUUGGAUUUCCUGCCUAUGGGCUUGAAUGGUGUGUGUGUGGAGGUGGCAGUGCUGGUGUAACACAACAUCGCCUCCUGUCACACAUCAACCACAAUGCAACACGUUUUAGAAUAUGCAUUGGAUCGGGCUGAGUACAUUGUUGAAAGUGCUCGUCAGCGACCGGCAAAGAGACGAAUAUCUUCCAGUGGAAGGAAAUCCUUAUAUCAGAAACUUUAUGAAUUGUACCUUGAAGAGUGUGAAAAAGAGCCUGAGUUGAAGAAUCUGCGUAGAAAUGUGAAUCUACUAGAGAAGCUGGUCUUACAGGAAUCAGUUUCAUGUCUGGUGGUCAACUUGUACCCUGGAAAUGAAGGAUACUCUCUUAUGCUCAGAGGAAAAAAUGGAUCUGAUUCAGAAACAAUCCGGCUUCGCUAUGAAGAAGGAGAGUUACUUGAUUACCUGGAUGCUGAAGAGUUGCCGCCCAUCCUGGUAGACCUUCUAGAAAAAUCACAGGUCAAUUUAUUCCACUGUGGCUGUGUCAUAGCUGAAGUUAGGGACUACCGACAGUCUGGGAAUGCAAAGACGCCCUCCUACCAGAGUCGACAUAUCCUACUGAGACCCACUAUGCAGACCCUGAUCUGUGAUGUUCACGCUAUGACAAGUGAUCACCACAAGUGGACACAGGAUGAUAAGCUUCAGUUGGAGAGUCAGUUGAUUCUGGCCACAGCAGAACCUCUUUGUCUAGAUCCCUCCAUCUCGGUCACCUGCACCACCAACCGUCUACUCUACAACAAACAGAAGAUGAACACACGAUCCAUCAAACGGUGUUUUAGGAGGCAUUCACGAGCAGCUCUUAACAGACAGCAGGAGAUGAUGAGCCACUGCCCUUCACUGCCACAGCUCAGACUCCUGGACUACCUGCAGAGGAGGAAAGAGAGGAAACCUGCUCCCUCUAUAGACCUCAAGAUCUCCAAAGCUGGAAAUUGUGUGGACAUGUGGAAACAGAACAGUUGUCAGCUGACUGUUCCGGCAGAAAUUGAUGUGGAGAAAUAUGCAGUGGCAGAGAAAUCAGUCAAACUAGAUGACUCUCAGCCCACUGUUUGGCCUGCUCAGGACAAGAGGGAUGACUACAUUUUCGAGUGUGAGGUGGGGGGCCAGCCUCAAAGAACAAAGGUCACUAUCUUCCAGUCUAUGGGAGACCCGCUAGUCUACGGGAAAAUCUACAGCGCCAAAGACUCCCGAUCAGAGGAGGACGUCACAGACCUGCAUCUUAUUCACCCACCAUUCCUCAUAGGUUCAAAGACAGAUGCAGAUCGGUUUCUGACGCAGUAUAAAGAGGUGUAUGAGCGGGAUGUGAAGUGUCAGGUGAAGAUGUUGCACAACUCAGGCAGCGCAGGGACCCAAGGCCAGCUCUCUCCCACCAGAGAGAAUGAGGCUGAUGGUUACUCAGCACUAGUCCAGUCUUCGGUUUUAGGGAAGGGUGUCAAACACAGACCUCCUCCUAUCAAACUGCCAGUCGGCUCAGCCUGCGGCUCCUCAGGUAAUAUAUACAGUACACAGGCCUCCAGUGGCCAUCUCAAGUGCCCGACCCCUCCACCCACAAAGAAUCAGUCGCUUUCCCGGAAACACUCCAUGGAACUUGGCCUGCUGUCCCCUGCUGCUCUCUCGCCCAUGCAGAGAUCAGGUACACCCAAGCCCUCCACCCCCACCAACACGCCCUGUUCGACACCACACCCCUCAGAUGUUCAGAGUUUCACGCCCUCAGUUACGCCCACCCCUCAAGACCCCGCCCUUCCACAGCAGCCUGCACUGCUGACUUCGUGCUCCCAGCAGCAGAUGGCCCUGAGUCAGGCUCUGCCCGUCAUGACCAUUCCCUUACCCACGUCCAGCACCUCUUCACAGGUCAUGACCAACCCUGCUGGGCUCAACUUCAUCAAUGUGGUGGGCUCUGUUUGCAGUCCACAGAAUCUGAGCGGUUCAAACCCAAUGUUGGGUUGUAGUCCUGGUACUCUGGCAUCUGGUAUACCCCUGAGUGGACUUUUACCCUCUAGUGGUCUCAUGUCUGGUGCCCUACCUACCAUGCAGCCUGCUUCUUCAGCGGGAGGGCCUUUCGGCCUGAACAACAGCCAGGGACUCCGACCGCUCAACAUUCUGCAGAUCCCUACAGGACCUCUGAUUUUUAACUCUCUACAGCAGCAGCCGUUAUCCCAGUUCUCUCCUCAGCAACAGAGCAGCCAAUCUGCCACAUCCAGCCCCCAACAGCAGGGGGAGUCGGUUGAUUCAGGACUGACAACAGAACAGGGGUUGUCUGCACAACAGACAGCAGUCAUCAACCUCACUGGAGUUGGAGGGUUCAUGUCCCCCCAGGCAGCAGUGCUGUCCCAGCUGGGUUGUGGUCUGGAGGGGUCCGGGCCCAGCCUACCAUCCCCGAGGCUCCAGCAACCGCCACAGAUCCAAUUGCAAUUCUUGCAGCACCAAAUGCAACAGCAGCAAAUGGGUAUGGCAGUGGGGGGGGCGGCGGCACAGGCAGCACUGCCACGGCAACAUUCCGCCAACCAGCCAAGAAGUAAGAGGAAACGCAGCACGCCACAGCCCCUGCCCAAAUCAUGACCUUCAGCCCCGC